CAAAUAUUUCCUACCCACUUCGUUCCUGUCCCUGGAGCCACGUGUUCGUGGCUCAAACGAGCUUCCUGCUGCCUAGCGUAUUUCGCAAAGUUGGCUCUCCUCAGCCAUCCCGUACGUAUAUAACGCGGCGUUCCAAGAAAUACCGUGAGUUACACAUUUUGCCCGAUCUGAGCUUUCUACCAGGCCAGCACCUUUCCCCUGAUUCUCUAAAACUCGUCUGCCUUUGGGAGCACAGUAUCCUACUUGGAGACCACAGUUUCCAGAGCAACCUUGAGAUAACUUCCCACCCGAAAUACUACUUCCUUGCCAAUCAACCACACAGCAGACACAAACUGCCACCACCAUCACCACUUCUUCCAACUACCUCCCAGCCAGGACCAAACUAAGAUCAUGGCCGCCCCCACCCCCGAACUCAUCCUCUACGACCUCGCCAGCACGCAAGGCGUCUGCUUUUCCCCUGCCGUCUGGCGCAUCCGCCUUCUCCUAAACUACAAGUCCAUCCCGUACACGACGACCUUCCUGGAAUUCCCAGACAUCGCGCCCACCCUCUCCGCACUCAACAUCCCCCCACACGACGCCACAACAUCCAAGCAUCCCUACACCGUCCCCGCAAUCCACCACCUCCCCACCAACACCUUCGUCAUGGAUUCCCUGGCCAUCGCAGCGUUCAUCGAAAAGACGUACCCGGUGCCAGAAGUGGUGCUGACGUCGGACCUGGGCGCGCAGAUCGAAGAGAAGGCGCGCAAAGUGGUGGGCCCUGCGUUCUACGUCUCGCUCGUGCCGCGCGAAAUACGCAUCCUGUCGCCCCGCAGCCAGGAGUACUUCCGCCGCACGCGCGAGGCCGCCCUGGGUCACCCGCUCGAGGACUUACUCGCUAGGGAAGACGCGGCUUGGGAAGCUAUUGGAGACGAGGCGCGGGCGGCGGGGGCGCUGAUGCGCACGCAUAAGGAGAGCGGUCCGUUUGUGCUGGGAGAGAAGCCGUGUUUUACGGACUUCUUCAUUGCGGGGGCGCUACAGAACGCGAGGGUUGUGGACGUCGGGGUGUGGGAGAGGUGUAUGCGCGUGGAGGGGUUCAGGGAGGUGUAUGAGGCUUGUGAGGAGUGGAUGGGAAAGAAAGAUUGAAGGGCUGGGGAAUGGGUUGGAAAGGAGAAGCGGUAAGAUGUAUAUCAAUCUAGACCCUACGUGGGACUGCAUUGCAGUGCGAGUGGAGCAGCACAAUCAGAAGUGAAGGGUAGUGAAAUAUCCACACAAAACCAAAUCUACGCUGCCUCCUCGAGGUUCAACAAUCUCCCCUCGU